AUGAAUGAUACUGCUUAAACAUAGUAAUAAGCCAUUUAAAUAAAAACAACAUAAAUUCCGCAGCAUAAUACUUUUGAGUUCAAAUUAGAAAAUUUAGAUGGAUAGUCUGAAAUGACAGUUGUUUUUAAUAGCGAUUUUGACUCUGGUAAUUGUGGAAGAGUAAUUUAAAAAUCUAAUUUCGAGUAUGAUAUUUUUACUUCUCCUGAUAGAGAUUAAGGAACAGACCAAGAAGGAUACUCUAAGAGUUGGUUUUAUUUUAGUGUAAAAGGAUUCAAAAAGGAAUAAACUAUAAAAUUGAACAUUUAACAGAUCCAUAUAUUAUGGUCUCUAUGGAAUAAUAAAGCUUGUAACUAGUAUAAACCUGUCUAUAAAAUAAAUAAAGAUGGCGAGUAUUAGCGACUACAGACAGAAGUGAAUAUUUAGAUGGUUGCCAAGAAUUAUCUCGUUUUAACAUUUGAGUACACUUUUGAUCAAGAGAAUAGCGAAUAAGAUGAAGUAUUCUUUUGUUUUUCUUACCCUUAUGAGUAUCAAAGAUGUAUAGAUAUGAUUAAAAAAUUGUAAGAAGACUAUUCUAAUGAUUAAGACAUUUAUUUGCAUUCAGAAGUUAUUGUUUAGAGCACUUAGUAAAGAGAUGUUCACUUAUUAACAAUAUCUUCACAAGAUGGUAUACUUGAUAAAUAAGAAGAAUAUUUUUAAUAGCCUUUAUUUCCAUUUAGAGAAAAAGAAACUAGAGCAAAAAGAUUUCGUACUAAUAAGCCUUAUAUAUUGAUUACAUGCAGAGUUCACCCUGGAGAAACUCCGAGUAGCUACGCCUUAGAAGGAAUGAUUAAGUUCCUUUUAAAUAAAAAGGAUUCAAGGUCUGCUUUACUAAGAUAAUUCUUUGUAUUCUUGAUAGUACCUAUGCUGAACCCUGAUGGAGUAUACAAUGGACACUAUAGAAUGGAUACAUUUAACAAUAACUUAAACAGAUUUUAUAAAAUCGCAGAUCCAUAAAAGCAACCUUCAAUAUAUGCGAUAAAAAAACUUGUAGAAUAUUUGUAAGAAGAUAAAAGAUUAUUUUUUUAUAUUGAUUUACAUGCUCAUGCAGGAAAGAAAGGUCAUUUUGUUUAUGGUAAUGCAUGCGAUGACAUAGUAAUGUAAAUUGAAAAUUAGACAUUUGCUAAGAUACUCUCUAUGAAUUGCAAAAAUUUUGAAUACAAUUUUUGCAAUUUUUCUAAAAAACAUAUGAAGGCAAGGGAUAAGUUCGAGGAAAUGACAAAAGAAGGUUGUGGCAGAGUAUAGGUGCAUUAAAUUACAAAAAUUAUACAUGCAUACACUCUUGAAUGCGGGUUUCAUCAAGCAACUCAACUAAAUUAUCUUCCACCUGCAUCAAAUGCAGAGUUUAAAAUUAAUGAUGUUCUAGGAUUUGAUUAUGAUCCUGCAGAAGACAACCAAUCAGAAAUAUAUAAGGGAAAAAAAGAGCCUCCAGUAUUUGUUCCUAUAUUAUAUUAAGAUGUAGGGAAAGCUAUUUUAGUCACUAUAUUAGAUAUUUUUGAGAAAAAUCCAUAUUCAAGGAUACCAAAUAGUUCAUAUAAAACUAUAGAUAAUAUAAGGCGAAGUAUUGGGUGGGACUGUGCAAGAAUAGAAAGAUUUAGGAAAGAUCCAUUAGCAUAUAAAAAAGCAAGAAAAUUUAAUGAAUUCAUUCAGGAAGCAUUUUUUAGCGAGUUUGAAAGAAAAAAAGUAUUUAAUUUUGAUAGUACUUUGUUUAAAAAUACAUAGUGGCCUGAGCUAUUGUUAGGGAAUUUUUUACAUAAAUAUGUUAGUAUUGAGAACUCCAAAUAGAAUAAUAACUAACAGAAUAAAAGAUAAAAUAAAUAUUUUCAAAUUAAAUCAAGAAUAUUUGAAAAAAGGAUAAUAAGCUGUUCAAAUAUUGAAGAGUAUUACACUGAUGAUUACAAUUGCUAGAAUAACAAAAAUGGGUUUGGACUUCUAAGUACUUAAAAAGAUAAUUAUAAUACUGAAAUUGAAAGAUUGUCAAACUUCAAUGAGGAUGAUGAAAACAGCCAGAGUUAAAAAAAUUAAGUUACACAAUUUGAAUUUAAAAGCAUUCAUGAAAUAGAAAAAUGUGAUAUUGCAAAAGAAGAUUAUCAAGAUAAUAAUAAUACUAGCUAGAACUCACAUUAGCAUAACAAAAUUUUAUCCAAGUCUGAAAGCCCAAAAAAAUAAUCUCAUCAUAUGAGCAUGAUUUGCCAUAUUCCUCCUAUAAAUAAAUAAAAUUUUCAAAUUUAAUAGUAAAAUAUUAAUAACGACUAAGUAUCAUUUAUAUUUUUAGGAAAUCAACAAAGCUAACACAUAUCGAACAGUGAAAAAAAAUUUUAUAAAAUUGACGAAGAAGAUCCUAUUGUGCGCCCAAAUUAAAACUCUUUAUCUAAAAAAAAGAAGAGAAAAAAUUAUGAAUAAUAUCUUUCUGAAAUUACAAAAAACAACAAUGUGUUACAGCUAUCCUUACAUAAAUAAGUAAAUGGAAAUUAAAUUUAAAACACUGAACUAUUCAAAGUAUCUAAAAAGAAAGACUAAUAAAAAAGUAUCAUUGCUAACAAUAUCAAUGAAAGGACUAGGUAAUUCAGAAUGUCUUCUUUAAAUGGAAUAGAAUAGCAAUAAAAUGAUUUACCAUCUUUAAAUAUACAAGGAAUUGAGAAGUAGUUUUAUAAACCAUCUGAAUAAGGCAUGUUUUAUUCUAAAUAACAUGGAUUGAAUUAAUAGUUGUCUUGUCAUAAUCAGAUUUAAUUGAUAAAUCAAGCACUAAAUAGUAAAAAACUUAUUGUUUCUUAGAGAUUAAUUGAUAAAUAGUAAAUAAAAAGUGAUGCUUAAUCAUUUAUAAGCUAAUAUGAUUCUCAUUUAAGUAGCAAUCACCCAUCAUCAAGUAAAUUAAUCUAAAAAAGGGAAAAUGUGCCAUAAGGACAUUAUAAAAACUACCAUUCUAUGACAUAAUAUAACUACAGUAGUAUAUCUAAUCCAAAAAAUGUAGUUUAGCCAAAUAAUAAUGCAUGUGUAGAGGAAGAAAAAAUAAUUCAAGGAUUGAAUGCCAAAUAAAGUAAUUAACGCAGCUAAAGCAAUUUAAUUGGAUAUUUACUGAAUGGUAAUUCUUAGAAUCUUAAUUCAACUUCCAAAACAGAUCUUCUUGUAAAAAAUGAUUAAAUUACUCAUCAGCAAUAUCUGAGUAACCAAUAAGAUUAAGUAGAAAAGAGAAUAUCUUUAAACUACAGUAACUAAUCAAGUUAAAGGGAAAUCAGAAGCAACAAAAUAAUUAGAUUAUCAGAUACUCUAAAUUUAAUGCAUGAUUAGAUAUCUGAUAGCCCCAAUCAAACAGACAUUAAAAUAUUUGAAAAUACAAACUAUUAUAAAUAGACAAAUAAUGAAGGCGAAACUUAAAAUUUGCAAUAUUAAUCAAGUUAAGAAAAAUAAUAAGUAAAAUAACUAAAAAUAUUUAAUGUAAUGGAUAUUCCCCAGUAGAGUGGACCCUAAUCCAGUUUUUCAAGUGCAACAAACACAUAAUAUGGAAUAAAUAAUACAUAAAAUUAAAACAAAAACAGCUAAAUUAAAAAAACCUUACAAUAAAACCAAUAAAAUUUUUACAAACCUUUAAAUUUCUCACAAAAUCCCAAAACAAUUUUACAAUAAUCAACAUACAAAAAAAAAGAUUCCCCUACAGUUAACUCAGUUAAAAAGAAAAACAAUUAAGCUUCAAAAGGCAAUAAAAUUUUUGAUAUGAUUUUUAGUAAUAAUUAACAAUAAAGUGUUAAUUAUUCAAAUUACAAUAAAGUUAUAGCUAAUCAAGAUAUGAUUAGUUUAAAUUUAGAUAAUGAGGUUAAGUAAUGUGAAGCAAUAAGUAGGAUAUUCUAAAACUUUCCUGGUAUAGUGAAGCAAGGAGUGGUAAAGACAGAAAGAAAGUAGCAAAUUAACAAUAUAAACUCAGAUGAACUGAAUAAUAAUAAUAGCAUUAACAAAAGCAGAAAAAGUGAAGGAGGAGAUGAACAUUUUGUUAGAUAAAUUAAUAUUUUCAGUUCUCCAAAAAAAUAACAAAAUUAGAAUGAUUUUAAGCUGCCAGAUUUGAAAGAGACUUGCAAAUAAUAAUAUACAGAAGAAGAUUUAAGUAAUAACAAGUUAUAACUCACAAAUCAGCAUAAAUCUUCUAAAUAUUGA